AUGCGUCGUCUUGCUCUCGUGCUUUUUCUGACAGCGGCCACUUAUGCUGAGUUGACCAGCAGUGAGCUAAACAAGCAUGCUCGUGCAAUUCUCAAUGACUGCACUAAUUGUCAUAUAGUGAAGGUGCUGAAAGAGCGGCCUGAGAUAUUGAAAAAGGUGAAAUCAGGUAUCACAGUUCUGCCAGCUACCAUGCGUCCACAUGCUGUACAAGCAUUCCAGCAAUGGACAAAUCACAUUCUGGAGGUAAGAGCUUGAGG